AUCGUGCUUGGAAUAGUGUCCAACAAAAUGAACAAUUCCUCAGAACACGGUGUAACUUCCUACAAGACGCAUUCCGAGUAUAAAGCUGCCGAACACAUCUGGAUUUAUAUGUCACCCAUUCUGCUGUUCAUUGGAACCGUUGCCAACUCACUGUCAAUUAUAGUGCUGUUGCGCAAACAGAUGCGCAGUUCAACAACAAUGUUUUACCUAACAGUGCUUUCGUUUGGCGAUAUGAUGGUGCUCUAUACCGGUUUACUUCGAUACUGGAUAAAAUGGACCUUCGACACAGAUAUCCGUGUGAUAUCGCAAUUUUCCUGUAAGACACACACAUUUCUUGUCUAUUUUUCCUUGGAUUUUACCACGUGGGUGCUAGUGGCAGUGACUGUAGACAGAUGUGUAUUUGUCUGUCUUCCUUUUAAAGCGAAGGGUAUUUGCACCUUAAAGAAUGCUAAGAUCGUGGUGGUUUGUAUCGCUCUCAUAAUGACUGCUCUGAACCUCCAUCUUUUCUGGGGUGUUGCCGUUGAGAUGAAGUUUGGAAAAUUGAGUUGUGCAUUUAUGAACGAUUUCACAAAGUUUACCUGGCCUUGGAUUGAUUCUUGUAUUUUUAGCAUCAUUCCAUUUAAUCUCAUGAUAAUAGCAAACAUACUUAUUAUAAAACAUCUACUUAUGUCACAAAGGCGUGUUGCAUCCCAUAUGCAACAUAGCGGAAGUGACGUGCAGCAUUCAAAUGUACAUUCGAAACAUUUUACGAGUGUCACUACAAUGUUACUGACGACGAAUUAUGUCUUUUUGAUUUUAACUUUACCGAUAGCAAUCUACCUUGUCGUAUACCCCAAAAAAAUCCAAGACGCCACGGGCCACGGAACCGCUGUUUUGGAGUUGAUAUGGGCGAUCGCCAAUAUGCUUCAAUAUACAAACAAUACCAUCCAUUUCUUUCUUUAUUGCUUGACUGGACCUCGAUUUCGGCAGGAACUUUUAAAAAUUUUCAAAACAAAGCCCAUGUCAUCGUAG